UGCCUCUCUCCCGAAGGCUCAGUGGCUAUGGUGUGACAGUGCCCUGCAGCACAGAUUUUCAGGGACGCUUCCUCUCCCAUGUGGUGUCUGGCCCAGCAGUAUCCUCUACAGGGAGUGAGGCAGUGAAGAGACCACCUGCACCACUCUCAAAGUCCAGUCACCUACGGGUGGCCCGCAGCCCCCUGCGCCGCAGAGGAGCCACCCCACAGCCUGACCGAGUGGAGCGCUACUCCCUCUACUUCAAUGUCACUGUUUUUGGGGAGGAACUGCACUUGCGCCUGCGGCCCAACCGGCGGCUGUUGGUGCCCGGGGCCUCUGCAGAGUGGCAGGAGGACUUUCAAGAGCUCUUCCGACAGCCCUUGCAGCAAGAGUGUGUCUACACCGGGAGUGUCACAGGCAUGCCAGGGGCAGCUGUCGCCAUCAGCAACUGUGAUGGAUUGGCGGGCCUCAUCCGCACAGAUGUCACUGACUACUUCAUUGAGCCCCUGGAGCGAGGGCAGCAGGAGAGGGAGGCCAGCGGGAGGACACACGUGGUGUACCGCCGGGAAGUCGUCCAGCAGGAGUGGGCAGAGCCUGGAGGGGACCUUCACAAUGAAGCCUUUGGCCUGGGUGACCUUCCCAACCUGCUGGGCCUGGUGGGGGGCCAGCUGGGAGAAGCGGAGCGGAAGCGGCGACAUGCCAAGCCUGGCAGCUACAGCAUUGAGGUGCUGCUGGCGGUGGAUGACUCAGUGGUGCGCUUCCACGGCAAGGAGCAUGUGCAGAACUACGUCCUGACCCUCAUGAACAUCGUGAAUGAAAUUUACCAUGACGAGUCCCUGGGGACCCACAUUAACAUUGCCCUUGUCCGCCUGAUCAUGGUUGGCUAUCGACAGUCCCUGAGCCUGAUUGAGCGCGGGAACCCCUCCCGUAGCCUGGAGCAGGUGUGUCGCUGGGCGCACUCUCAGCAGCGCCAGGACCCCAGCCACGCGGAGCACCACGACCACGUGAUCUUCCUCACCCGGCAGGACUUCGGGCCCUCAGGGUAUGCACCUGUCACUGGCAUGUGCCACCCCCUGAGAAGCUGUGCCCUUAACCAUGAGGAUGGCUUCUCUUCCGCCUUCGUGGUGGCCCAUGAGACUGGUCACGUGCUCGGCAUGGAGCAUGACGGUCAGGGGAACGGCUGUGCCGACGAGACCAGCCUGGGCAGCGUCAUGGCGCCCCUGGUGCAGGCUGCCUUCCACCGCUUCCACUGGUCCCGCUGCAGCAGGCUGGAGCUCAGCCGCUACCUCCCCUCCUACGACUGCCUCCUUGACGACCCCUUUGCGCCCACCUGGCCCCAGCCCCCGGAGCUGCCUGGCGUUGACUACUCAAUGGAUGAGCAGUGCCGCUUUGACUUUGGCACAGGGUACCACACAUGCUCUGCGUUCACGACCUUUGAGCCCUGCAAGCAGCUGUGGUGCAGCCACCCUGACAACCCAUACUUCUGCAAGACCAAGAAGGGCCCUCCCCUGGACGGAACCGAGUGUGCGCCAGGCAAGUGGUGCUUCAAAGGUCACUGCAUCUGGAAGUCACCAGAACAGACUUACGGCCAGGAUGGUGGCUGGAGCUCCUGGACCAACUUCGGGUCAUGUUCACGGUCAUGCGGGGGCGGAGUGCGAUCCCGUAGCAGAAGCUGUGACAAUCCUUUCCCAGCCUACGGAGGCCGCCUGUGCUCAGGGCCCAUGUUCCAGUACCAGGUCUGCAACAGCGAGGAGUGCCCGGGGCCCUACGAGGACUUCCGCGCCCAGCAGUGUGCCAAGCGGAACUCCUACUACAUACAUCAGAACGCUAAGCACAGCUGGGUCCCGCACGAGCCCGAUGAUGACACCCAGAAGUGUGAGCUGAUCUGUCGAUCGGAGGAUACGGGGGAUGUGGUCUUCAUGAACCAGGUGGUCCAUGAUGGGACACGCUGCAGCUACCGGGAUCCCUACAGCGUCUGUGCCCGCGGCGAGUGUGUGCCCGUCGGCUGUGACAAAGAGGUGGGGUCCAUGAAGGCAGACGACAAGUGUGGGGUCUGUGGCGGUGACAACUCCCAUUGCCGGACUGUGAAAGGGACUCUGGGCAAGGCCUCCAAGCAGUCAGGAGCUCUCAAACUGGUACAGAUCCCAGCGGGUGCCAGGCACAUCCAGAUUGAGGAGCUGGAGAAGGCUCCCUACCGCAUUGGUGAGUGCCAGGGUGCUGGGAGAGGGGCUGCUAGGCCCGGGAGCUGCCCGCAG